AAGAGCAUGCGCAUAAUAAGAGGGUUGCCCCUCGAAUUUGAACCGGACAGAAACGGCUGGUUCUGGGGCUGGCAGUUGCUCACUUUUUUGAGAGAAUAGGCCUAGUUCGUGUCUCAGCAUGUCAAUAGUAACAGUGCAACUUGGUCAAUGUGGUAAUCAGAUUGGUUUUGAAGUGUUUGAUGCUUUAUUUAGUGAUUCACACUGUCCCCAAGGACUCUGCUCUAAAAGAGAGAAUGAGGCAUAUCAAGCAUCUUGCAAAGAAAGAUUCUUCAGUGAGGAGGAAAAUGGAGUUCCAAUUGCUCGUGCUGUGCUUGUUGACAUGGAACCUAAAGUUAUCAAUCAAACACUGUCAAAGGCCGCCCAUUCUGGCCGAUGGAAAUAUGGUCAGCAUUCUUGCUUCUGUCAAAAACAAGGUUCUGGAAACAACUGGGCAUAUGGUUACUCUGUUCAUGGACCCAGGCACAAAGAAUCCAUAAUGGACCUAAUCCAGAAGGAAGUAGAGAAAUGUGAUUCUUUGAGCGGUUUUUUCAUCAUAAUGAGUAUGGCUGGAGGCACAGGAUCAGGGCUGGGAGCUUUCGUUACACAGAACUUAGAAGAUCAGUACUCAAACUCUUUGAAAAUGAAUCAGAUUAUAUGGCCUUAUGGAACUGGUGAGGUUAUUGUUCAGAACUACAACUCCAUUUUGACACUUUCUCGCUUGUACCGCUCUUCAGACGCCCUCCUUGUUCAUGAGAAUGAUGCCGUUCAUAAGAUCUGUGCAAAACUGAUGAAUAUCAAGCAGAUCUCCUUCCGUGAUAUAAACCAAGUCCUCGCACAUCAGCUGGGAAGUGUGUUCCAACCCACUUACUCUGGGGAAGGCUCAUGGCACUACAGAAGAAAUCCACUAGGAGACUUAAUGGAGAAUUUAGUUCCCCAUCCAGAAUUCAAGAUGCUGGGUGUUCGUAACAUUCCUCAAAUGUCUGAGAAUUCAUUGGCAUACAGCACGUUUACUUGGGCUGGCCUCCUGAAGCAUUUGAGACAGAUGCUCAUUUCUAAUGCGAAAAUGGAAGAAGGUAUCGACUGGCAGAUCCGGCCUCCUUUAUCAGGACUUCCUGCUCUUAGUAAAAUGUCUACCAACAAGGAGUUUCAUUUUAACACUUCCAUUGCUAACCUGGUCAUCCUUCGAGGGAAAGAUGUGCACAAUGCAGAUCUGGGAGCAUUUAAAGAUCCAGCUCUCUACACUUCCUGGCUAGAGCCUGUUCACGCUUUCAAUGUGUGGAAAACCCAGCGAGCCUUUAGCAAAUAUGAGAAGUCGGCAGCAUUGGUCAGCAAUAGCCAGUUCUUAGUAAAACCACUUGAUGUGAUUGUGGGCAAAGCAUGGAAUAUGUUUGCUUCAAAAGCCUACAUUCAUCAAUACACAAAAUACGGAAUUGAAGAAGAGGAUUUUUUGGAGAGUUUUACAUUGUUAGAACAGGUGAUUGCCAGUUAUUGCAACCUCUGAUUUUUGAACCUUAAGUCAUUUUUGGACUAAAAUAUUUUCAAUACUACUUUCUCUGUAAAGUUUUCAAAUUUCCAUCUACUAAAAUAACAAAGUCAAAUCCUGAUUCCUUCCUGCAUAUUAUAGCCACAGAAAGGGAGGAAAACCCGUUAUGGUACCUGUUUUCAGUGAAAACAUCUACUUAGUAUCUUCCUUUGUAAGAAAAGAAAAAAAAUUGGUGCUUCUUUAAAUAACUUUGGCAACACUUUUCUGAGAUGUUGGAACCCUAGAACAAAAAAGAGAGUAUUCUGUUUUGUUCUUACAGCCUUAAAUUAAACCUUCCCUCUUUAUUCCUAAAAGUAUUCACUAAAUAUGAGCUAAACUUUCAUUGCACAAUUUUAAAUUAAGAAAUAAAAAUUCUGUAUUUAAA